CUGGUGAGCGCUUAUCAAAAUCCGCAGGUCCUGACAUAACCUAAGUUGACGCAAUAGUUCUGGAAUUAUGAAGACCGCAAUUUUCCACUUGAAAUUAUUUACAAGCCUUCGUUUUUAUUACUCCCAUCAAUUAAGUCUUUCUAAAAGGAGCAAUUGAAUAAUAAAAUGAUAAUUCCAAAGAAUAACACUUGUUCGAGAUAGCAAAAAGACACUCACAAUGGAUUCUAAGGAUCUUGCAGACGAAGGCAAAUCGGUGAACCUAUCGGGCCAAGGUCUGAAGAUCCUUCCGAAGGGCCACAGUGCCGAGGACUCGAAGAGUGUAACGACCUUGAAACUGGACAGCAAUGAGCUGCAGCGCCUCGACAACAUAGACGAAUUCUCGUCGCUGGUCGAGCUGUCAGCUGUUCACAAUCAGCUGUUGCGCAUGCACGCUGUCUCUGGUUUACCGCACUUGGUUCGUCUCGAUUUGUCGCACAACAACAUCCUGCACAUAGAGGGUCUCAAGGAUCUCGGCCAUCUCAAAUGGCUCAAUCUGUCUGGCAACAAUAUCAAGACUAUCGAACACCUGCACACCAACACACUGCUCGAACAUUUAGACCUCUCCGAGAACAGUAUUUCACAUAUAUCUAACAUGGCGCUACUCACUAAGCUCAAGGCUCUCUACCUGCACAAGAACCACAUCUCACAGCUACUACACUGCGAACUGUAUCUACCUCCUAGUCUAGUGACCUUGACCCUUGCCUCGAAUAACCUUGUUGACCUGAACGAAGUGUCUCAUCUAGUCCAUCUCACCAAUCUUCGAGAAUUCUCCAUCACUGGCAAUCCCUGUGCUACCAUGACUGGAAAAGCCAUAGGCUUCGACUAUCGACCAUUUGUAUUGAAUUGGAUAAUGGGCCUGAAAGUCAUAGAUGGUCAUGUUGUAGACGAUAUUGAGAGUUUGAAGGCGGAAUGGCUGUACUCGCAGGGCAAAGGCCGUCAUUUCCACGUGGGUGAGCACAGUGCUCUGGAACUGUAUCUGGCCGAGACGUGUCCGCUCAACUCACGCAGCAUGGAGUCGGAGCAGGAGCGCAAACUGCGUCUCAUUCUUAGCAAGGCACAGCAGCAUCAGCAGCAACUGCGCAAGGAACCACACAUCCAUAGUCGCAUCGGUGGGUUGGGCCGAGGCCCUGGCCGGGGGAAGGUGGGGCGGAGCACUUCGGCAGAGCUGAUGACUCGAAGCCUGGACCCGACGCUACUGGACAGCUGCACCAUGCAUGUACAGGACCAAGCCGACAUCAGGGCCUGUCUGCAACAAGCUGAACUGAGCCUGACACGCAGCCUGCACUGUCCCGAGCUGCUGUCUCGCAGCCUCAUGCAGUCGAGCGUGCUGCUGGAGGGGGGAGGAGGGGGCACCUCUCUGCCCCCCAUGAAUGGACUGGGGGGCCUCCCCGGGGGAGCAGGAGCCCCCCUGCCCGCGGACACCACCCUGGUGCCGGUGCCCGAGUCGCUGGUCAGUCCAUCGGUGGGACAAGCGCCCCCCGUACCUCCCACUCCGGCGCCCACCCCUGUCUGCGGUCCUCCUCCUCUCAACGGGGUGGGGGUGGGGGGUGACUCGAUGGCCGCCGACAAGUUGAUGACGAUUCGAUCGCGUGCGCAGGAGAAACGCGAGAAGCGCAUGGAUAGAGUAGACUUGGAAGAAGCCGCAAUUCGCAUACAGAAAGUAUGGAGAGGUUACCAGACGAGAACACUCAACAGAAAAGUGCUUUCAGUGUAUCAACACAUUCAAACGCUCAGGACAAACCAGUACAUCAAGAAACUUUCAGCUGACAUGGAAGCCACCAGAGCAGCCUUAGAAAACGAACAUAAACUACAAAUUUUACAAAUGCAGACAAUCAGUGCGUUAUGGAAUAAGGUGGUGAGUCUGCAGCCUUACCCAAAAGAAGAGCCUGGUGGAGUUGGCGACGUCAAAGAUUUGGCCGAAACUUGUUUGAGGUUGAAUAAUCAGGUGCAACAACUGCAGGAAUCGAUGCAGGAGGUGUUGCGCUGUGUGAGCCCGGGAGGAGGCAACGUUGCCAACAACAGCAGCAGCAGUGUUGCCGCGUCCGGCUGCAUCAGCACUCAGACUGAGAUCGUGGCAGUUCACACGCCACAGGAGGGGGACACCUCCCGCUUCCCCUUCCAGCGGCCUUCUACACUGCCCCUCCCGCCCCACCAGCUCACCAACUAUGCCGACACUCUGGUCGAUGACGUCAUCAAGACCACGGUCGCUCACAAUAGUCAGGAUGCCGCCGGAUCCUAGAAGGAUGGUAGGCUGCAAGCACAAGUCUCUCAAUUUUUUACCUCAUAGAAUUAAUUCAAUUGGGAGAGUGAAAAUUAAUGUUUAAAUCUGAGGAUGUAAUUGAAGUUGGGAGAAAAAGUGUUGAGUUUUUGUUAGAGGGUUAGUCAUAGAGAAAAGAUAGCACAAGAAAAUAUCCUACGGUAUAAAGUGUUUAUGUUCCAAAUUUCAAUAUUAACUCAAGCCGAUAGUCCGUCCCAGUAGUUAUUUUUUGUGAAGCUAUGUAACGCUGGUAGUCUCUCAUACUGUGGCGUUUUUACACGUUCGCUCGGAGAAAACAGUAACUUUAGACAGUAGUCGGCUUGGGUUAACAAAAAUCGGCUCAAUUUUUUUUUAAUUGAAUUUAAUUUAUUUAUUUGCCAAAAACAAAAUUCAAAAACAUAUAAGCUAUUGCACUUAACUAAAAUACAUACAUAAUAAAGGAACUGUUAAUUUAUUCGAUGAGAAAUUAUAUCCUUAUUUUAUCCUUAAUAUUCUAAAUAAUAAUUAUUAAAUGAAGAUUUGGAGCAUAAACGACCUAUACCAUGGGUUAUCUUCUUAUGCUAUCUUUUGUCUAUGGUUAAGUUGGCUUAAAUAAUUGAAAAAGUAAUGAAUUUGUUGAUGAAAGAGUUAGUGGACGUAGGAGAUUCGCAGGGUUUUAGUUGUUUGUAAUUAAGGGAAGAGCUUGUGUGGAUCGUAGGAAAUGAAACCAAAAAAUUGUAACUAUGCCUUGAAUGCUAUGCAAUCUGAAAUUCCACUUGAUGUUAAUAAUAGAAGUUUUGAAAUUGAUAAACAGAUGGGGAUUUGCUAUUAGAUGGUUUGAGUUUAAUUGAACUUGAAGAGCCGUUUGUAUCGUUUAAACGGAAUCUUAGCUUAAACCGAUCAAAUCAUGUCUAGUUUCGUUUGCAAUGUGAUUAAUUUUGGUAUUAAACAACCAGCUGAUUGAAUUCAGUUUGUGCUUUCACUGUGCAGACGGCCCUUAAUAAAAUAAGUUGAGACUAGCUGAUCAAAUAUUGGAGUUCCAAGAUAGAUAGUGUGGAAGCUUGGCUAUCUCAUACAAGUCGAAUGUAUUAAAUGUGAUAUCGCUUUAUCAUUUAACGCCAGCAGUAUUGCCUUAUUAAAUAUAUUCAGGCACAUCAGUUUUCAUGAGAGAGUCACGAUUUCAUUCAAUCUGACAACGCUACUAUUUGGUCGGCUGUAAGCUCAAGUCACAAUUAUUUUAACAAUAGAAUUAAAAUAUAUAAAUAAAUAAUAUCACAGUCCUGGGUUAAUAUUAAUUUAGAUAGUAGUCAUUGAUGAGUCUCCCUGCUCUCACACGCUUCUCCAUAGCAUUCUUCUUCUUCGAGUCAUAACCAUAGAAUACAUUCAAUUGGGACAUUGAAGUUGUUGAAUUUUAAGAUAUACUUGAAGUUCGUAAGAAAAGUUCGUGAUAUUCAUAUUCGAAUAUUAGAUAUAUAUUUAUAUUUACUGUAAAACUCCUAACCCAAUUCGGUAGAAGAGUAACUUAAAAAUAUAGCAAGUCUCUUUCAAUAUUCUCAUUACUACACAGUGUCCAAACUCAUGAUAUUUCUCGGUUUAUAUAGACAUUCUAGAAAAAAGGAUUGAAAUAAAGAUAAAAUUAAUGUCGGUUGAACAUUCAAAUAAUGACAAAUCUAGCAGAGAUGACAAAACACAAAGACAUGCAACAAAACAUUAUUCUGAACUAUCGCAAAGAACUGAUGAGUUGGAUUCCAGCAGAGGGAGCAAUUAUUCUGAUAAUUAUUCCAAGUGAUUCAAGGAUGAAUCUCAUAAGAAGCAUAGAAACAUCUGUACUUGAAACUGACCGAAAAAGCCCUCAAGAAUUAAAAGACGAUGGUUAUGCUGAAACUAUGCAAGUUGAAGGACCAAGUAGUGAAUUGGAGGACAUAAAUGAAGAUGAAGAAGAUAUGUCUGAAACUAUAAAGACUGAUAGUUUAGGAGUAGUAUUAAUUCCACAAAAACUGCUCAAGGAUUAGAAAAGAAACGGACUAAAUCAGUUAAGAACUUCGAGAACACAAAAUCCAAAAGUGAAACAACUAAUAACAAUAAAAUU